GGAGGUGGAGGAGGAUUCCCUCCUUUUUGCUUAUGGUCUUGUUCGCGCGCGUCAGCCUCGUCGCGGCAUUCGAUCCCGUAACAUCGUUGCUCCCGACCAUGAGACAGUCGGGUGCCGGUCACGGGACGUCGCCUCCAACGUCACCAACGACGUCCCCGUCGUCGUCGUCGUCGUCGUCGCUGCCAGCGUCGUCGUCGUCGUCGUCAGCGUCGUCAGCGUCGUCGUUCUUGUUUUCGUUGUUUUCGUUGUAUUCGUUGUUUUCGUUGUCAUCCUCAUCCUCGUGGCCGUGGCUUUCGUCGUCGUCGUCGUCGUCGUCGUCGUCGUUGUGUCACGAGCCUUUCGUUUUUCAUCUUAAAUCUACCAACUCGUAAAGUCAAACAACAGGUUCUCAAAAACAACACACCUCCAUCCCUCCUUUUUCCUCCCUCUCACCCAGCCCUUUUUUUAAUUUCAUCCUAAUUCUUAUUUUUUGUCCUUUUCUUUAUUCCUAUCUUCCUUUGUUUGUUUGCCUCUUUUUCUUCUUUUCCUUUCUUUCUUUUUUUUUUGUUUUCUUUCUCCCCCCUCCCUCUGUCCUAAUCUUAUUACCUCUUCUUAUCCUCUCUUAAACAACCCUUUUUCGAAAGAAUCUACUUCUACUUUCCCUUUCUCAUCCUCUUCCUCUUCCUCUUCUUCUUUUUUUUCUUCGACGAUUAUCCAAAAAGGAAAACAACACGCACGCCGGGGAAACAGGAUAGACAUUAAAGAGAGCUAGGAGGAGUGCUAGAAGGAGAGAGAAAGAAAGACGAGUCGCACCAGUAUAGGACAAUCUGAUUGUUUAAAAUCAUCGUAAGCGAUGGAAGGAUUGCAGGAACAAUCGUAAGAAUUUCUUUUUUACGAUCAUAUUAUCGUAUACAAGGUAUUCAGGACAAUCAUUAAUCUGAGAAUCACCGAAAAAAAAGAACUUUAACGUCUACCUCGAUCAUGCUCAGCCCAAAGAUGCAAAGAACCGUGAGAAUAAACGACUCACAGCUAGUGAUGCUCUCGGAGAAAGCCCAUUUUGAUAAUUCGAUGACCGGAUAUUUACACAAACGAACCGCUGAUUCAGCAAAAUGGCAAUUAAGAUGGUUCGUCUUGUAUCAGAAUCUGUUAUUCUAUUACGAAAGCGACACUUGUUCACGACCAAGUGGCGUCAUUUUGCUAGAGGGCUGCUAUUGCAAUCGUCUCAUCACCGCUAAAGGCAAAGAACCGGAUAAACAACACUGUUUUGCGAUAACGUACAGAAGGGAAAAUCAACGAAAAUACGAGUUGAAAGCGGGUACAGAAACGGACUGCAAACAGUGGAUCGAUGCUAUACAAGAAGCCAGUUUCAACAAAUUGCUGCAGCAAAAGGAAGAACUCGAGCAAAAGCAUCUGCACCUGUUGCAGAUCGUGGAAAGUGAGAAAACGGCUAAGUGGCAGUACACACAACAAUGCGAGGAGCUUGCAUCGGAAAUAAAAAAGCUCAGGGCGGAGUUAUGUACUUUGAAGAAGGAACUAAGGCCAUCAGUUACGCAAGGUUUCACAACUCGUCCAGGAGUUCAAAGGACUUUGUCCCAAGGAACAGGAAGUUUAGCAAGUGGUAUGGGAUAUUAUGGUCUUUAUCCCGAAAUUCAAGGUUCACUCGUAUCCUGUUCGCUUGGUUUACGAGGUAUUACCGAAGGUUCCAUUGAAAUGCAGAAAAUUAAAAAAGUUCAAAGCUUUUUCCGUGGCUGGCUUUGCCGUAGACGUUGGAAACAAAUCGUCGAACAAUAUAUCAAGAGCCCACAUGCAGAGAGUAUGCGCAAACGGAACAGCUUGGUGUUUCAAAUGGUUGAGGCCGAGGAAGAAUACACGGAACAAAUGGAGAUAUUGGUUAGCUGUUUCCUGAGGCCUUUCAAAAUGGCUGCCAGUUCGAAGAAACCCCCAUGUAGUCACGAAGACGUGAAUAGUAUAUUUUUGAAUAGCGAAACAGUACUGUUCCUUCAUCAGAUCUUCCUGAAGGGUCUUACUUCUCGCAUGGAGAGCUGGCCCACUUUAGUUUUAGGUGACUUAAUGUUCUAUUCAGGAACGAAAUCCACGUGUGGUGCACUCGUACAGAUACUUGAUAAACCACGAGGAGCACGUAGCAGAUUGAGUGCAACAUUUGGUGGUAAAGGUUCCAGUGACAAGGAAGCUGUCAGACAAUGUUUCCUAUUUUCGAAUCAUUUGUUAUUGACAACGAGACAAUCUGACGAUGAUGGCCGUUUGAAUUUGAUAUCGCAUAUCGGCAAGAUUCCAUUAUCGGAUGCUGUCCUCAUAGAGGAUCCCUGCGAACAAGGUGUUACGGACGAUGACGAACUUUCAGUAUGCUCGAUGUCAAGUGGAAUCAGUGAGAGUAGCGGAAGUGCAAGCGGAAAUACUAGUUCACAACUUCAAAAUCGUGACUUCAAGAUCAUACUCGAUGUGAAAUCUGGCGGGCCAUUGGUUACCGUUCAUCUCGUAGCACCAACUAUGCAGGAAAAAGCAGCAUGGAUAAGUGACAUAAGUCAAUGCAUGGACAACGUACAUUUCAACGAUCUCCUUCAUUGCUCGAUGUCGGAUACAAGUUCCGUCACGAUGCCACAAUCGAUUAGGAACGAUCCAAAAUUAUUCAAGGAUGACGUAGACAUUAGGUUCAGUCGUACAUUGAACUCUUGUAAAAUUCCACAAAUUCGUUCGGCCACUCCUGAACGUUUAUUACAAAGGCUUACCGACUUACGAUUUCUUAGUAUCGAUUUUCUCAACACGUUUUUGUUGACCUAUCGGGUAUUCACCGAUGGUGUUACGGUAUUGGAAGCGUUAAAAAAAGUCUUUUACGAAACGGAACCACCUGAUGCACAAAUGCCUAGUGGUUCUCUCGUAUCGUUAGAUGUUUUGGGAGGUACCACGAGUGAGUGUCAAGCUCAUACGGAUGAACGAAGACGAAGCAGUGUUUCUCCAAGAAGAACGAGCGGUGCCAGUUCUGUUUCAGGAUACGGAUCAGAAAUUAGCGAACGAGACCGACAUUACGUGUACGAAUCUAAUACUGGUGCUCACACGUUAAAUUCGAAGACUCAUUGGCGUGGUGGUUGUAAAAGAUUGGAAGAAGAACAACAAUUAGGAUUGAUAACAGAAGCACCAUCGAUCAUGAAACAUAGUCCAACAUUGCAAUCGUCCUAUCCGUCCGUGACUACUCAAUCUCCAGCAACCUCAAGAAAAAUCAGCAUACGUGUUGACAAUGAUACCGAAAAUGAUGGAUGCCAUCUUACCAUUCCAAAAGUUAUAGCUGUAUCAUCGAGUUCAGAAACGUUAACAGAAGCAACAGUGUUGAGUGCACCAUCUUCACCGAGUAAUUUAAGUACAGUUACGUUAAUUGGAUCGACGGGUUCAGGAUCUGGAUCGGAUCCUAGUCCUCAAGAAGGUGGUACAAUUUCUAGAGGUAUUUCUGAAGAAACUGAUACACCUGUAGCUACAAGUACAUCUUCUACAGAUGAAGUACAAUUUACAUAUGCCGAUGUACCACUGACAUCAGGCAAAUCGACGGAUUCUGAAACAACAGAAAAAACACCAUCGACUCCUGCUACACCUCAAACACCUAAAAUUAAAGAUCACGAGAUUGAAAAGGAAACACGAGGAGAGUGGACCGAAGAAGAAAAGACACCGAUAUCGAUUGGACAAAUUCAAACUACCUCUAGUCAAACCCAAUAUCAACAUCACCAUCAUCAUCAUCCUCAUCACAUGGAACAUAGAGCAUCUGUUGCUUCUGCACCGGUUACAGGAAUGAGAAGUGGUUCAAUUUCUACCAUAAUGGGAAAUCAUUGGGCAACCAGACGAUCUAUUCAAGAAUCCGACUUAUGUUCAUCGUCUCAAGGAAACUUUCAACAUGAUCAACAACCAUCCAGUAAGGCCGGUGUGGUAGUUACCAGUUUUCGACAAAGUCAACGAAGCAUCGGACCCCAACCUAUUUGGAGCAGUACAUCAACGGCAGCAACUGCAUUUGCUAUAGCAACCUCAGCAUCGAGUAAUCCACCUGAUAAAGUACCUGGAAAAUGCUGUAUCAGUGAUGGAAACAAUCGAAGUGGUUCAUGUCGUGAUAAAAACAGACGAAAGGAAUCGGUUAUGUCAACAGCUGCAACCAUGAGAGUACUAAAUGUUCUUCGACAUUGGGUCUCGAAACACGCUCAAGAUUUCGAAUUGGAUCAGAAAUUGAAAACUUUGACCAUCGAGUUUCUUGAAGAUAUUAUUUAUAGUCCUAAUCUUUUACCGGCUGAACACAAAGCUGCUAGUCAGCUGUUAAGAUUGAUUACCAAAGAGGAAUCCGAAAGUAACAAAGUUGAUCUUAAGAAACUCUUGACACCCCCCACGGUGGCAAGUAAAGAAAGUAUCGAAACUUUAUCAGCAUUGGAAAUCGCAGAACAAAUGACUUAUCUGGAUCAUCAAAUAUUCGUAUCUAUUGCAAGCGAAGAAUUUCUUGGUCAAGCUUGGAUGAAAACUGACAAAGCUACGCGUGCUCCGCAUAUUUUAUUAAUGACGAAAAGAUUUAACGAAGUAUCGCAGUUAGUAGUUUCUGAGAUCAUUCGUAGAUCUAAUAUGCCGGCUAGGGUUGCGGCUAUUGAAAAAUGGGCAGCAGUUGCUGAUAUUAGUAGAGUAUUACAUAAUUACAACGGUGUAUUACAAAUUUGUGCUGCAUUUACCAAUAGCAGUGUUUAUAGGCUGAAGAAAACCUGGGAAAAGGUUUCUAAAACGACUAAACAAACAAUAGAAAAACUACAAAAUAUCGUCUCGUCCGACGGAAGAUUUAGAAAUUUAAGGGAUGCUUUACACCGAUGCGAUCCACCAUGCAUUCCAUAUCUAGGACUAUACCUUACUGAUCUUUCCUUCAUUGAAGAAGGUACACCGAAUUUUACCGAAGAAGGUCUAUUAAACUUCUCCAAAAUGCGAAUGAUCGCACACGUGAUUCGUGAAAUAAGACAUUUUCAGCAAACACCUUACAAGAUCGAACUGAUCACAAAGGUAACGAAUUAUUUAUUGGAUUCGUCGUUGCUGUUAAAUGAAAAAGAUUUAUAUCGAAUGUCUUUGGAAAUUGAGCCUCGAGCAUCGAGAUUAAGCAGUUCGACUUUGAUCAAUUUGCCGCCCUCCGUAAGUCACGCGUCGAUGAAAUAAUAAAGAGGCUGAUGAAUUAGGAAUGCAAUUAAUUUUAUCAAUGUUUCCAUCAAUACUUAGAAGAAGAAAAAAAGAAAUACAAUAUUCUAUAUCUAUUUAAUUCUAAGAUCAAAUCUGUGACACCGUUCGAAAAGAUUCUAUGCGAAAAAAAUCUAUAACUAUUUUCGAUCUUUCAAUACUCUUGAUAUAAUAAUAAUUAUUAUUGUUAUAAUAAUUCAUUUGAUAAUCUUCACAAUUGUCUCAAUUAACGCAUCUCUCUAUCAACAAGCAGAAAGAAGAAAGAAGAAAUGAAAAAAAAAAGGCGUAUAUCUAAAGCGAGCCAACGUUUUCUACCAAUUGUAUUUUAAAAACGACAAAAUGUCCAAGUUAAUAUCUCGAUGCUACUUUAUUCUAAGAUUAUUAGAAAAUAAUUUUUAUACGCUGGUACUAUAUAUUUAUUUUGAGAGUAAAUUUUUCUACGUUCUUUUUUUUCCUUUUUGUUUCUUUAUUUUGUUUUUUUUUACGCGAGUAAGCCAGGUUUUUAUUAAGAAAAAGAGAAACAAACGAACGAACGAAAAGAAUAUGAAAUUAGUGUUAUUGGUAACAACAAAUAGGAAAAACAAUAUCAUCUUCCGAAUUAUUUUUAAAAAAGAAAAGAAGAAGACUAAAAAAAAGUUUGCGUUUGAACCCCGUCCACUGAUAAUGACUAUUUUGUCUUAAGUCCUGGAUAAAUUUUGCAAACGUCCAAUUUAAUUUCAACAACGUUGGAUCGCGAAUCCUCGGAUCUCUCUCACUCUGUUCUUUCUAUAUAUAAAACAAAAUAUAUAUAUA